AUGCAGGAGCAGGGUGACAAAAAGGAGCCAGGUUCCUGGUGUGCUUUUGUCAACAAAAUUGAGUCUACUUGGCACAGGAAAACACCAGAGAAGUGUGGGGAAAUUAACUUUGAAGUCAAAGAAGUAUCAGUGCUUUAUGGGCAAGAUGGCCUCCAUGCAUCAUGUGAACAGAAGUAUUGUGGCCGGGGAAGUAAGUGUAUUGUGAACAAGGAGACUGAUAAGCCUGAAUGUAGAUGCAUAGAGGACUGCAAGCCCAGUUACAUACCAGUAUGUGGAUCUGAUGGUAAAUUCUAUGAAAAUCAUUGUGAACUCCACCGAGCUUCAUGCUUGCAACGGAAGAAAAUCUACAUUAUUCACAGCAAAGAUUGCUUCUUCAAAGGUGACACAUGCACUAUGGCAGAUUACAGCCAACUAAAAGGUAUUCUCCUAGACCUUCAGGCUCACGGGCAGAAGCAGAAGAAUCACCCAGGAGAGGACAGAGCCCAGAAGCGCUUCUUAGUGGAAGAUAUGUUUAAUCACUUGGAUAUAAAUGGUGAUGGGCACCUCAGCAGUUCUGAAUUGGCUCAGCUGAUGAAAAGCAAAGAGCUAGAAGAUGAUUUCUUGGAUUGUACACCAGAAGAUCUUCUCCGAUUUGAUGAUUACAACAAUGAUGGCUAUUUAACUCUGCAAGAACUCUAUACUGCAUUCCAGGUGGUCCAGCUCACACUCUCUGAAGAGGAAAAGGUCAGCAUCACCACAGUAACAGUUGGGCUAAGCACUGUUUUGACUUGUGCUGUCCAUGGACCGCUGAGGCCUCCAAUCAUCUGGAAACGAAAUGGAAUCAUGCUGAACUUUCUAGAUCUGGAAGAUAUCAAUGAUUUUGGAGAUGAUGAUUCUCUCUACAUCACCAAGGUAACAACUAUUCAUAUGGGCAAGUACACGUGUCAUGCCUAUGGCUAUGAAGACCUGUAUCAGACCCACAUUCUUCAGGUGAAUGUGCCACCUGUGAUUCGUGUCUAUCCUGAGACCCAGGCGCAAGAACCUGGCGUUUCAGCGAGCCUCAAAUGUCACGCCGAGGGCAUUCCGAAUCCAAAAAUCUCCUGGCUAAAGAAUGGCAUUGGUGUCGUGCCAAAAUUGUCUAAGCAACUUAUGCUCUUAGCAAAUGGAAGUGAACUUCACAUCAACAGUGUUCGAUAUGAAGACACCGGUGCCUAUACUUGCAUUGCUAAAAAUGAAGUGGGAGUAGAUGAGGAUAUUUCUUCUCUCUUCAUUGAAGAUUCAGCUAGAAAAACCCGUCUCAGUGUGGGAAACAUGUUCUAUGUCUUUUCUGAUGAUGGAAUCACAAUAAUACAACCCACUGACUGUGAGAUCCAGAGACAUGUGAAACCGAAUGAGAAUGUUUUUCCAAGUUAUGCUGAAAUCUGUCCUAGAGUUGAAGGUGAAGCCGUUCAGUCCUGCCUCUGGGCUUCUGCUGUCAAUGUCAGAGACAAAUAUAUUUACAUAACACAGCCUACGUGGAAUAGAAUAAUGAUCCUAGAUAUCCAGACUCAGAAAGUCAUUCAGUCUUUGGAUGUUGACCCUAUACCUGUAAAACUACAUUAUGAUAAGUCACACGAUCAAAUUUGGGUACUUAGCUGGGGAAAUAUGAAGAAGUCGCAUCCAACUCUGCAGGUGAUACCAGAGGCAAGUACGGGAGAGGACCAGCACAUUAUUCGCACUCAUCUGAGUGGCAUGAAUGAUUAUUUUAUUCCACCCACAAAUCUCAUUAUCAAUCACAUCAGGUUUGGUUUCAUCUUUAACACAUCGAAGCCUACAGUUCACAAAAUUGAUCUGGAGACCAUGGCUCAUAUCAAGACCAUCAGCUUGAAAAACUACAGCUGCUGGCCACAAACCAUGGCUUACUCUCACCUGGGUGGAUACUUCUUUGUUCAGUGCAAAACAAAUCUUUCAAUUCCAGUCACACCGCAGCUUAUAAUUGACAGUGUCACAGACUCUGUUAUUGGUCCCAACAGUGACAUAACAGGUACUCCCUACAUCUCCCCUGAUGGACGCUAUUUGGUCAGCGCAGAUGAACACAGCGGGAGGAUCAGAGUCCAGACAAUAACAAUCCAAGGGGAAAUCAAGUUGAUUUAUGACUUACAAACCACUAUGCACAUAUCUGACCUGACAUUUCAGUCCUCUUUCACUGAAGGCAAUCAGUAUUAUAUAUAUGCUACUUCACAUUUGCAAACGGAUGUGCUUUUUGUGGAGCUGUCAACAGGGAAAAUGGACAUCUUGAAGAAUUUAAAAGACCCUAUCAAAUCCAAAGACUGGCCCUGGAGCAGCUACAACAGAAUUAUCCAAGACAGUGGAUUAUUUGGGCAGUACCUUAUAACACCAGCAAAGGAUUCACUAUUUAUAAUUAAUGGGAGACAAAACACAUUACGCUGUGAGGUAUCGGGUAUCAAGAGGGGCAACACAGUGGUUUGGGUUGGAGAUGUAUGAAAGGUGAAAGAAGAAGAAGACAAAGAAGAGCAGGACUUUCAGAAAACUAAAAUACUGAUUGGACUUUCAACUGCAAAAUAAUAAUAAUAAUAAUAAAAUGCAGUAGCAUUGUAUAUUUUUACACUGAGGGAAAAACUGUAUAAGCUUCAUGGUGCAAUGCUGGCCUACAUGGAAGAUUUAUAAUAUAAGGUAUGCUCUGCAAAUAGGAAUGGGUUGGGAAUUUUUAUGGAAAUCUGAAUUACAGCUUGAGUUUUGGGAAUAUACCCUUGGAAAAGGAAUCAUUUCUGCAACCGAGAUAGUAUAAGCCACAUUCCUUGAUGAUUCUAUACAACACAACGUUUGAGUUGAAAGGCUGAUAAAUCCUUACAUUCUGGCUAGGUUAUCAGUAUUCAUUCUGCUGAUCCCACAUAAUAUGUCCUGUUGUGUAUGCCAUGUGGUGAUAUGUCAGGCCUGUAGCUUAGACAUUUUCAUACAGAGAGAUAAACAGAUUAUUAUACUUUGUUGCCUACACAA